AACAGUGCUGAGUAAGGGAGAGACAAGGAAAGACGCCUGCAUGAAGACUGAGCUGCUGAAGGAUAUCACCAACAACAAAGAGGAAGGUUUUAAUGCCAUGGCUGCAGAUGAAAGUGCUGCAGAAAAGCAAACGGGGGAACCAAAAGUGGCAGUAGAUGGUGAAACCAACGGUUCCUGUGAGCACAGCGAAGCUGGGAGCCACCCAAACCCAGCUAAAAACACUCAGGACAAUACGAAAGUGAGCCAGCAGGACUCUAGUACUAAGUUAAAUAGGAUAGCAGAAAAUGGCAUUUCUGAACGAGAUGGUGAGACUGGGAAGCAGAACCACAUGAAAGCAAAUGACUUCACACAGACUUCUGUCACGGGGAGCAAUGGAUAUAUUCUAACCAAGCAGAUGGCACAGGAGCAACCUCUAAGGACUACCAGCACCUUUGCUUCUCUCGCUGGCCAUGCUGCAAAAACCCUUCCAGGAGGAGCAAGCAAAGGGAGAACUAUGGGCUCCUUUUCUCAGAUGCAAGCCACGAUGCCAGCCAAGCUCGGGGAGGGCAGUAAGGACAUGGAUGCUAAAAAAGCCACUGCUGCUAACGCUGAAGUCAAGGUCCACAGAGCACGGAAGACGAUGCCUAAACCCACCCCUAGCCUGGAUUUGCUUCCUGAAUUGGGAUCGAAGCUGAAUCUGAAACAGCAUGCAAAUAAAGACCCCAAAGAUGGGAGAGACAGCAGAGAUCAAAAAGAAUCCAAGGAGGAAGGCAACAAAAACAUCUUGGAGUUUGGGAAGCCGUUGCCGUUGCCCUCUCUCCCGGGCCUUCACCAGUCACUACCUCAGAACCAGAGCUAUGUGGCCACCACAAAGUCGCAGACAGCUGCUGCAGUAUCUCGGAAGAAAAAACGGAGAAUGGGAACCUAUAGCCUGGUUCCCAAGAAAAAGACCAAAGUGUUAAAACAGAGAACAAUGAUUGAGAUGUUUAAGAGCAUAACUCAUUCCUCUGCAGGUGCCAAGAGUGACAAGGACCUGGGUGAUGCCAGCCCUCACGUGAAUGGGGAGAGCAUGGAUGUAGACUCUGAAGAGGAAGACUCUGAUGAGUUGGAAGAGGAGGAUGACCACGGAGCAGAGCAGGCAGCUGUGUUUCCUGCAGAUGAUAACAGGACCUCUAAAGACAGUGCAUCCGAUGCAGACAACGCCAGAAAGAUUGAUGAUGGCGAGUCUGAGGAGGAACAAGAGUCUGGAGAGUCCAUGGAGGAUGAGGAAGAUGGGGAUGAGUCUGACUUGAGCUCAGAGUCCAGCAUCAAGAAGAAGCUGCUGAAGAGGAAAGGCAAGAUGGACAGUCCAUGGCUGAAACCCACCCGCAAGAGGAGACGGAGGAAUAAAAAGAAACAAGCUGGUGUGCUAGGUGCUGAAGCCUAUAAAUCAUCUUUGGCAGGCAGAGAGGGCCCCGGCCAGGAGAACAGCAUGGAGUACAUGGAGGUGUCCCUGGAUUCCCUGGACCUCCGGGUGAAGGGCAUCCUGUCUUCACCGGCGGGAGGUCUUUCCAAUGGUCCUGAAGUAAUGGAAGUAGAUGGUCUUCAGGAAGUGCCCCUCUGUAGCUGUCGAAUGGAAACCCCCAAGAGCAGAGAGAUCACCACACUAGCCAACAACCAGUGCAUGGCCACGGAGAGUGUGGAUAACGAGGGCACUUUCAUGGAGUGUCAGCCUGAGAGCAGCAUCUCCCACCGCUUCCACAAGAACUGUGCCUCCCAGGUCAACGACAUGAGCUACUGCCCACACUGUGGGGAAGAGGCCUCCAAGGCCAAGGAGGUGACAAUAGCAAAAGCUGACACAACCUCGACCGUGUCCCUGACCUACGAGCAGCAGAAACCAGCAGCUGUGGAGGGAAGGGCUGAUACCACGACAGGGAGUGGCACUGGGACACGGUUGUCAGAGGAAGACAAGCCAGAAAGUUCUGCUGCUGAGGGCUUUGACAUGGCUGGGUCUUCAGUUUUUCCAAAGCCUACUACUAGCCUGUCCCAGGGGCCAGUUAAAGAAACUCUGGAAAGUGCCCUGAUUGCCCUGGACUCUGAAAAACCCAAGAAAUUACGGUUCCACCCAAAGCAGUUGUACUUCUCUGCGAGGCAAGGAGAGCUGCAGAAAGUCCUGCUUAUGUUGGUGGAUGGAAUUGACCCUAAUUUUAAAAUGGAGCAUCAGAAUAAGAGAACCCCUCUCCAUGCUGCUGCUGAGUCUGGCCACGUGGACAUCUGCCAUAUGCUGAUUCAGGCUGGUGCUAAUAUUGACACCUGCUCUGAAGACCAGAGGACCCCACUGAUGGAAGCAGCAGAAAACAACCAUCUGGAAACUGUGAAAUACCUUAUCAAGGCUGGAGCACUAGUAGAUCCUAAGGAUGUGGAGGGCUCCACGUGUCUGCACUUGGCUGCCAAGAAGGGGCACUACGACGUUGUCCAGUACCUGCUCUCCAAUGGGAAGAUGGAUGUCAACUGCCAGGAUGAUGGAGGCUGGACGCCAAUGAUCUGGGCCACUGAGUACAAGCACGUCGAGCUGGUGAAGCUGCUGCUUGCAAAGGGGUCAGACAUCAACAUCCGUGACAAUGAGGAAAAUAUCUGCUUGCACUGGGCUGCUUUUUCUGGCUGUGUUGACAUAGCAGAGAUACUGCUGGCUGCUAAGUGUGAUUUACAUGCAGUGAAUAUUCACGGGGACUCCCCCCUGCACAUUGCAGCCCGAGAGAACCGCUACGAGUGUGUGGUUCUCUUUCUUUCCCGUGGCUCGGAUGUCACUUUAAAGAACAAGGAGGGUGAGACUCCACUCCAGUGCUCCAGCCUUAACUCUCCAGUCUGGGUGGCCCUACAGAUGAACAAGACUCUCAAAGAAUCAUCUACUGAAAAGCCUGUGCAGAUAGAUAAGGUUGUGAACAGAGACAUUGCCCGGGGUUACGAGCGGAUCCCCAUUCCCUGCAUCAAUUCAGUGGACAAUGAGCCUUGUCCCAGCAACUACAAAUACGUUUCACAGAACUGUGUCACCUCCCCCAUGGACAUUGACAGAAACAUCACUCAUCUACAGUAUUGUGUGUGUAUAGAUGACUGCUCCUCCAGCAACUGCAUGUGUGGCCAGCUCAGCAUGCGCUGCUGGUAUGAUAAGGACGGCCGCCUCCUGCCCGAGUUCAACAUGGCUGAGCCACCACUGAUCUUUGAGUGCAACCACGCCUGUUCCUGCUGGAGAACCUGUAGGAACCGGGUGGUGCAGAAUGGACUCAGGACUCGAUUGCAGCUUUAUCGGACGCAGAAGAUGGGCUGGGGCGUGAGGACAAUGCAGGACAUUCCACUGGGAACCUUUGUGUGCGAGUAUGUUGGUGAGCUGAUAUCCGACUCCGAGGCAGACGUCCGGGAAGACGACUCCUACCUCUUUGACCUUGACAACAAGGAGGGGGAGGCGUACUGCAUAGAUGCCCGUUUCUAUGGCAACAUCAGCCGCUUCAUCAACCACCUCUGUGAGCCAAACCUCAUCCCCGUGCGCGUCUUCAUGUCGCAUCAGGACCUGCGCUUCCCCAGGAUCGCCUUCUUCAGCACCAGGCAGAUAGAGGCUGGAGAGGAGAUCGGCUUUGACUAUGGUGACAGGUUCUGGGACAUCAAAGGCAAAUUCUUCAGCUGUCAGUGUGGUUCACCCAAGUGCAAACACUCGAGCUCCGCGCUGGCGCAGCGGCAGGCGAGCACCUCGGCCCAGGACACGCAGGAGAACGGGCUCCCUGACACCAGCUCUGCCACAGCCACCAGCCACUUUUGAGGCUCAGCUCCCCAGAGACUUGACUCCUUUCAACCCCCAAUAGAUUCACAUACUGUCUGAAUUUCCAUUGAAAGAGAGG